AGUCAUAUGGAAGAUUAGUUGGCUUUUAUCAUUCAACAUCAUUCACUUUUAGAAAUAGAAAAUUAAUUGAGACAUGAGUAGAACAAGAAUGUCGGCGAGGGUGAGUGAGUGGGGGAAGGUGGGCUCCAGUAGCAAGAAAGAAAAAAAUAUAUAUACGGGAGUGGACGUUUAGGGGUGGAGUAUCAAGGGUGGAUUAUGUUACCCAGAAACUGAAUGUAAGAUGAGAAUAUGCAUGUCAGUUACUGUUGGAAAGAAAAAGAGCCGCCAGAUUGAAAGAUUGAACAGUCUUUGGAGAAAUCAGUGAAAUCAGUUAGUGGAGUAAUAACCUGACAGUCUCAGAGGUCUCUUGAUAUAUUCUAUAGUCCACGGAAAUUGGAAAUAGGACAGGCCGCCGCAAUGUGGCCUGGAGUACUACCGUUGGUAGCUGUGCUGAUAACCCUUUUGCAUCUUUCGAGAUGUUCGCCAGGAAAAGUCGACUACCGAGCGAAGGAGAAGGAGGUUCUGGACGAUAUUCUUGGAGAGAAAAAGUACGAUGCCCGUAUUCGGCCGAGCGGGGAAAACGGAACAGAUGGGCCGGCCAUUGUCCGGGUAAACCUGUUUGUGCGAAGCAUUGCGACUAUUAGUGACAUCAAGAUGGAAUAUUCGGUUCAAUUGACGUUUCGAGAACAAUGGCUUGACGAGCGGCUCAAAUUCAUUGAUUACGGAGGACGUUUGAAGUAUUUAACACUGACUGAAGCAUCACGUGUUUGGAUGCCGGAUCUCUUCUUCUCGAACGAGAAAGAGGGGCAUUUUCACAACAUCAUAAUGCCGAAUGUAUACAUACGCAUAUUUCCAAAUGGCUCAGUAUUAUAUAGCAUAAGAAUAUCACUGACAUUGGCAUGUCCGAUGAAUCUGAAAUUAUAUCCUCUGGAUCGACAAAUCUGCUCGUUACGUAUGGCCAGCUAUGGUUGGACGACUGAUGAUUUGGUAUUCUUAUGGAAAGAGGGCGAUCCCGUCCAGGUGGUUAAGAACUUACAUCUUCCACGUUUUACGCUGGAGAAAUUUAGAACAGACGACUGCAACAGCAAAACAAAUACCGGCGAAUACAGCUGUCUGAAAGUGGAUUUACAUUUUAAGAGAGAAUUCAGUUACUAUCUCAUUCAGAUCUACAUUCCAUGCUGUAUGCUUGUUAUUGUGUCAUGGGUAUCCUUUUGGCUGGAUCAGAGCGCCGUGCCUGCCCGAGUGUCACUCGGAGUGACAACACUACUGACAAUGGCAACACAAACAUCUGGAAUAAAUGCCUCACUGCCACCGGUAUCUUAUACGAAAGCCAUCGACGUUUGGACUGGUGUAUGUUUAACAUUUGUAUUUGGUGCGCUACUUGAAUUUGCACUCGUCAAUUAUGCCUCACGUAGCGAUAUGCAUCGGGAGAAUAUGAAGAAGAAAUAUCGUGAAAUUGAGCAUUCAGCAUCGGUCGAUCCGGCAACAGAACUGCUUGAACCGGAUGGCUCAACAAAUUUUCAGAUGGUCGUGGCUUUCCAAGUUCCCGACGAGAUCCAAGCGCAUCGAUGUAAUAUCACGGAUCACCUUUCCUCUCGUAUUCGCACUGUUCAACCUCGCGUACUGGUCCACGUACCUGUUUCGGGAGGAAGUAGACGACGAGUGAAUAGCGAAGAUGAGGAAGAUGAUGAUCAUCUUGGAUCGAGAAAUAAUGUGGCUCGCGGCCAUUUUUAUCAUCCCCAUAUGCGUCAUAGAACGCACAAUCAUCAUUCACAUCAUGGUAAUCGUCAUCAGCAUUCACAUCAUUCACACACACAUCAUCAGCACAAUAAUUCUUAUAAUCGUCUACGUCAUCGACAACAACAAUCACCAACAUUGUCAACACAUACGGCAGAUGGUGAUGGACAACAAUCAUCACCAGGUGGUUUAUCAUCAAGAUAUCCAUCGCGUGAUUCAACAUCACCUGUAUCAUCACGUGUGGUAACACCAUCACCACCACCACUAUUACAUCAUCAAGUUGAUAAACAAAAAAAUAAAUUUUCACGUUUACCACUCAGCCAAACGGAAAAAUGUUGUUUUGGUCUUAUACCAUUGCGUUACUUUACAUGUCAUGCUAAGGGAAGUGCACGAAUUGAUGUUUUAGCACGUUUUGCCUUUCCAUUCAUGUUUGUCGUAUUCAAUUUUGCUUACUGGUCUAUGUACCUCUUUCAAGGUGAAGAGGAAAAUAAGAUGAGCUGAGGAACGAGUGUUGUUCAUUAUAGGCAGAAAAUAAACUGAGUUAUGAUUCAUAGUAAUUUCACGAAAAUUUAAUGAAUAAAACAUUUUUAUUUACGGUAAAGGGAAAGACAAAUUGAAAAAAUAUUCAGCAAAUGAAAAAUAAUAAAAUAGAAACAAAUUGAUUGAUAAAAUAUCCUUCGUUCAUGUGCUCGGUACAAUCAAUCGUUUAUAUCAUGAUUGCAUUUAUCGAGAUGAUACGAUUGAAUGCUCAAAACAUAUUAUGAAAACAACAGGAAAUAAUUGAAAAAAUGUGAGUUAUUAAUGUAAUGAUAAAUUCCGGGAACACUUCUACACAACACGAAUUUUUUGGGGGGCGAGAAUGAAUCAUUUGUGUGAAUGAGAAAUUUCGUAGCAUUAAUAAAUUGAGUGAGGGAACCGCGUGCCACAAGGGGAUAUUUAUGAUGGGGGCCUCGAUAGUCACGGCCUUUUAAAAUGAACUUUAAAACAAACUAUGAAGGCAAAGAGCAGAGAAAUAAAAUACGCAUACACAUUUAUAUCUAUUAUAUGUAUGUAUUGGCAAGUAUCUUGUUAUAACAGUCAGUGAGUCCCUUUUUAUAUGAAAAUUAAGAAAAUAAAAAUGAUGAAUCAAACAGAAGAUUAUUUAAUUCCAGAUCUCUAGCCUCAUGAUAUACCACUUGAUAGAGAGCGAUGAAAUUAAAGUUUCUCUUCAUACUAAUUCGAAACGAGCUUGCGAUGAGUAUUCGAUAUUCCUCUGAAUUGAAAAAAAAAGUACAAGUUCAUUCCAAACGAAAAUUUGAAUAAAUUUUAAUGAGUACACAGUAGGCAUGAACGUGUCGUCGUAAAAAGCUUGGGUGAUCUAUGGUAAGAAAUCGAAAAAAAAAAUCGAAGAAAAUAUAUAAGAAUAAGUUAAUAAACAAUUUAUGUCAAUGUGUAGAAGAGGUUUUUAUACGAGAACAUCAACAAGGUUUUACCGAAGAAUUGUAAUGACAAAAAAUUUAUCAACUCUCCAUUAACACAAACUAUUUUGUCAUCCACAGCUGAUGGAUGCUACAAAAAUGCGAAUGAAAAUUUAAGUGAAAUCAAUUAUAAAUCCGGACUGAUCCAGAAAAGUUUCAAAAUUAAGCCAACAUUUUUUUUUUGUUGUUUUGAUAAUUCAGAAGAGAAACAGUAGCCCACUUUGUCUUGGCAUUUCACGUAAAAUUGAUUGAUUACAACACAAAUUGUGCAACAAAAAAACCAGUUAAUUCAUUGGAAUUUAUGACUUCUGAAUGUACAAUUGGAGAACUUGAUAAAUUUGGAAACACAAAAUCGAACCGCAAUAUCAUUGGGGAGGAGUAAUGAAUUGUGUAUUUCACAUUUCAGUUGACAAUUCAUUCGGUCAAUUCCGCGUCCUUCGCGUCCAAAAAUAUUAUAAAAUUCCAUCGAUGAGAUUGGCCAGGGUAUAACAGCAAAGAAACGCUUGUCGAUACAAUCAAUUUACUAUCAGUUUAUAUAAUUUCUCUUUGCCCUUUUUCUUCGCCCACUUCGGGUAUCAACAUCGAUGCCUUCUCUCAAAAAUCUACCCAAAAUUACGAAAGUUUUUUGCAACUGAAGCAGUUGCAAAAACAGUGACAAUGAGUUUCAACAAUUAAAAAGAAAACUAAAAAUUGAAUAAAUACUUUAAAUCAAAAAUUGAUUGUGGAUUAUGUCGAUAUAAACGUUGGAAAGUACUUGUUAUAGAUAUCCUUGACGAGUCAUGAAUUAUUAUAAUUUCCAUUAAUUGACGAAGAAAGAACAAUAAGAAUUAGAGCAAUAACGUAAAAUGAGAUAAAUUUUUUUGUUGUUUUAUCAAGAGAAAAAGAAAAAAAACUUAAUCACUGAGACAUUAAUUUAAUGAGAAACGUGAAUAAAGAGAAAUAAUUCAAAAGUGUUACGAGGCGCUCUAGGAUUAUAACCACUGUUAGUGUUGAUAGUCGCACUCACUAUAAAAUGUAACAAUAAAAUGAAAGGAAAAAAAACAACAAUAAAUUUCAUGCAUUAAUAUUCAUUCAACAUUAAUCGUCAUCCCACUGUAAAUAAUUAUCAGCUGUCAAAAGGUUUCAUGUGAACCAUAAACAUUACAUUAAGUACAACGGUACAAUUGGCAUAUCUAUACAGGGCGCUCAAAAGAGGUAAAAAAAAAUCCCGGAGUGGUAAAAUUUUCAAAAUGUUUCACUACAUUUUAGAAGACCUCCCCCCCCCCCGAACUCUAAAUACACUAAGAAAAAAAAACUCAUUUACUUCAGAGAAUUAUUUAUUUUUUCAGCAGUAUAUUUCUCCAAUGAAGUCAUUACAAUAGCAAUACUCAUUAGGUUUAAAUUAUCUUAAUUAAAUUGUUCUAGAACAUGAUCAUGGUAGCAAUAACCGUCAGUGAACUACUUAAAUAAUUGUCAGUAUUACAAAAUUUCACGAAAUUCUUCUCUUUAGAAAAUUAGAAAUUUCGGGAAAUGAAAAAUCAUUAACGGAUUUGAUUGAAAUUUCUGUGGAACAUUGUCAUACUCAAGAUGAAUAAGAUUGCCAUUAUUGGAAGCUAAUUACGCUCCUCUGGGAACGAUCAAAGGAAAGAAAUAUAAUAUUUGAAAAAUAAAUACUUCUCUCAAGUAAAUGUAUAUUUGAUAAAAAUAAUUUUUUUUCUCAGUGUAGGAGUGAGUUUCAUAAAUGAAAGAAAGAAAAUGAAACCCUGUCGCUCAAGGGAACGGACCAGUACGAGAAAAACACGAAAUAAAAGCCGUCAAAAAUAUGAAUAAAAGAGUGAUUUGAUGGUAGACUGGUGUGAAUCAUUUUUCAAUCACUUCGGAAUGCUCCCGAUAAAUAUACAGGUAUCCAGGUAUUUCAGGUACGCAUGCACGCUGAAAUACCUUUUGUGACGAAAUAAAAAAUCGUAAUAAAGGACAAUUGAAAAAGAACGUCCAGAAAAUUAUACCAUUGAGAGGAGUACAUGCACAAUAGAUAGGAAGUACGAAAUCGAAAGUGAGGAACCUUAGAAUACUUGAAAAAAAAAUAUAUAUAUAUAUUACAAAUGAAAAAAAAAAUACUGAAAAGAGGACGUAUAAAUUAAUAAACCUAAUUAACACAAGAUGUAGAACGAAACGUGCUGAUGUGACGAACAAUUAUAAAACCACCUUGCAUAACACUCGAAAUCUGAUGAAUAAUAGAUAAAUAUAUAUAUGAAAAUAAUAUGGAUUUGACGAUGACGAACUAAGUUUGAUAAAUCUCACGAUAGUUAAUUUCAUGCCGAGCUGGAAUGAAUUUGAAAAAUCAAAAAUAAAAAAACUAACGAGUGGAAAACAGAACUAAAUGAGCAUAGAAAAUUUCUUUAUUAAUGAUUUUAAAGACAUUGAAUUUAAUAUAUUUAAUAUAAGUGUCAUAUUUGUCAGUGAAAUCGAUCUCUGUUGAUAAUUAGAAUGAUUAAAUUUGCAUUUAGUUGCAUUUGUUAUUUUUAUCGAGGAAAAAAUAAAAUCGUCAGUCCAGUGUGAGAAUUAUUUGAUUGUAAUGAUUAAUAGUGAUUAAUGAUUAUCUUGAAUUGGUCUAGAUCUCAUUAACGCGGGUCGUAAUAAGAAAGUCAAUCAGGAUUGGAUUAUUGAAUUUAAAAAAAAACGAGAUUAACGCUGGAAAAAUAGGACUGUGACGAUUGACAUAGAGGGGCUAUUGGCCUCUGUGAAAAUUUGUUAAAUUAUAUGCUUGCUAUAUUAUCUUUGUGAGUAAACCAUAAAUCAAUAAAAUUGUUUUCCAUAAAAAACAUAUAAGCAGUGGUAAGUCUGAAUAAAAUUUUAUUUUAUCUAUUGUAUGUAAUUAAAUAAUUUCAUUCAAUUAUAUUCACCGAGUGCUCGAGUGGUUACUUGAAAGCAGAGAAGAUGGCAUAAACAUGGUGUGCAGUAAAAAUAAAGUCAUCAAAUUUAUUGGAGAAAAAAAAAAUAGUUAUUCUAAUUGAUACGACACAAUAUUUGUACACGUCGAUAUGAACGACAUAAUAAACAACACAGGACGCCGUAUUCAUUUUGCUGCAAGGUUGCUCAAUUAUUGAUAUUUAGAAGUUCUUUAAAGAAAAAAAAAAGAGAAGAAUAAAAAAGCCCUGUACCAGUAUUAUGAGAUUAACAUAAAAAUUUUACCUACUACUGAUGUAAUUGAAUACAAAGUAUGGAAAAUAAUAGAGGAAAAAAAUGGAGAAUAAAUACCAAAAAUUCGA